AUGCAUACGCAAGAGGCGGCGCCGCCAAUCGAGCAUGCCGAGAGAACAUACCAGGCUUUCCCUGGAGCCAACUACCUUCUUCCCUCUGAUGCUCAUGAAAGGGAAAGGUACAAUAUUGCCUUUGCACGCAGGCUGAACCUACAGCACAGCUUGCUGAAGCAGGCGUUCAAUAAUCGCAUUAUCCUCCCUCCUAUCACAAUUGCUGCCUCAGACCGCAUUCUAGAUAGCGGAACUGGAUCUGGGUCGUGGCUGAUAGACGUACUCGGCGCCGUACCUCCGACCGCUAAAUUAUAUGGCCUCGACAUCGAAUGUCGUCUUUUUCCGUCUGAUGACAGCCGCGUCACCGGACGAGGGCACGUCGAAUUUUGCGAGGGAACGGUCACAAACCUUCCGGAGGACUGGGAUAACAUGUUCGCCCUCGUGCACCAGAGACUGUUAAUGGCAGCUCUGAAACCCUCCGAAUGGAAACAAGCCAUCGCAGAAAUAUUCCGUGUGCUUGUACCGGGUGGCUGGGUGCAGCUGGGGGAGGCAGACGGUGUUCGUGGCGGAGCGGUAACGGCGAAACACGUCUCACUGGUGCAAACACUUUUCCAAGCCAAGGGUCUGCUGCUUCACUGCGCCGCUCACAUCCCUGAUAUGUUGCGGGAAGCUGGAUUCGUGAAUGUCACGGUGGAGACCGCAAACAUCCCGCUCGGAAAAUGGGCAGGCCCUGUGGGCGUCGAUGCGCGCAACAACUUCAUGGGCGUUUUCAGAGGGAUGAAGACACCGGUACUCAAAGCAGGCGGGCUCGGAUUCGUGACCACAGAGGGUGAAUGGGAUACAUCGCUUGAUUCUUUGGAGGAGGAAUGGGAUGCCACCCCUGGCGCAGUGUUGCAGUUUGACAUCUUCUACGCAAUGAAACCAAUUCCUUCAGUGUUCUAA